CGCCGGAGCGGGCCGGGCAGACGCGCAGGCGGGAGCGGGCCCGGCGCCGCGGCGCUGGUGGAUGCUGGGGCUCCGAGGCGACGGCCGGGGGGCGGGGGCCGAGGCAGGUAUAACGGUACCGGCGGAGGCAGCGCCUCUGCUCUUCCCUUCUCCCCAGGAGGGGGGCAAAUGGCGAGUGAGAAGCCGGGCCCGGGCCCGGGGCUCGAGCCUCAGCCCGUGGGGCUCAUCGCCGUCGGGGCCGGAGGCGGAGGCGGCGGCGGGGGCAGCGGCGGUGGAGGCAGCGGGGGCAGCGGGAUGGGAGAGCUGAGGGGGGCGUCCGGCUCCGGCUCGGUGGUGCUGCCCGCGGGGAUGAUUAACCCUUCCGUGCCGAUCCGCAACAUCCGGAUGAAAUUCGCAGUGUUGAUUGGACUCAUACAGGUCGGAGAGGUCAGCAACAGGGACAUCGUGGAGACCGUGCUCAACCUGCUGGUUGGUGGAGAAUUUGACUUGGAGAUGAACUUUAUUAUCCAGGAUGCGGAGAGUAUAACAUGCAUGACAGAGCUUUUGGAGCACUGUGAUGUCACAUGUCAAGCAGAAAUAUGGAGCAUGUUUACAGCCAUUUUACGAAAAAGUGUUCGGAAUUUACAGACUAGCACAGAAGUUGGGCUAAUUGAACAAGUGUUGCUGAAAAUGAGUGCUGUAGAUGACAUGAUAGCAGAUCUUCUAGUUGAUAUGUUGGGGGUUCUUGCCAGCUACAGCAUCACUGUCAAGGAAUUGAAGCUUUUGUUCAGCAUGCUUCGAGGAGAAAGUGGAAUCUGGCCAAGACAUGCAGUAAAAUUGUUAUCAGUUCUUAAUCAGAUGCCACAAAGACAUGGUCCUGAUACUUUUUUCAAUUUCCCUGGUUGUAGUGCUGCGGCAAUCGCAUUGCCUCCUAUUGCAAAGUGGCCUUAUCAGAAUGGCUUCACCCUAAAUACUUGGUUUCGUAUGGAUCCAUUAAAUAACAUUAAUGUUGAUAAGGAUAAACCUUAUCUUUAUUGUUUUCGUACUAGCAAAGGAGUUGGUUACUCUGCUCACUUCGUUGGCAACUGUCUAAUAGUCACAUCACUGAAGUCUAAAGGAAAAGGUUUUCAGCACUGUGUGAAAUAUGAUUUUCAACCUCGUAAGUGGUACAUGAUCAGCAUUGUCCACAUUUAUAAUCGAUGGAGGAACAGUGAAAUUCGAUGUUAUGUUAAUGGACAGCUGGUAUCCUAUGGUGAUAUGGCUUGGCAUGUAAACACAAAUGAUAGCUAUGACAAGUGCUUUCUCGGAUCUUCAGAAACUGCUGAUGCAAAUAGGGUGUUCUGUGGUCAACUUGGUGCUGUGUAUGUAUUCAGCGAAGCACUCAACCCUGCGCAGAUAUUUGCAAUUCAUCAGUUAGGACCUGGAUAUAAGAGUACCUUCAAAUUUAAAUCUGAGAGUGACAUUCAUUUGGCAGAACAUCAUAAACAGGUUCUGUAUGAUGGGAAGCUGGCAAGUAGUAUUGCAUUCACAUACAAUGCUAAGGCUACUGACGCGCAGCUGUGCCUGGAAUCAUCCCCAAAGGAGAAUGCAUCCAUUUUUGUGCACUCCCCACAUGCCCUAAUGCUCCAGGAUGUGAAAGCUAUAGUAACACAUUCAAUUCAUAGUGCAAUUCAUUCAAUUGGAGGGAUUCAAGUACUUUUUCCACUUUUUGCCCAACUGGACAAUCGGCAGCUCAAUGACAGUCAAGUGGAAACAACUGUUUGUGCUACUCUUUUGGCAUUCCUGGUUGAACUACUUAAAAGUUCAGUAGCCAUGCAAGAACAAAUGCUGGGUGGAAAAGGCUUUUUAGUCAUUGGCUACUUACUUGAAAAGUCAUCAAGAGUUCAUAUAACUAGAGCGGUCCUGGAGCAAUUUUUAUCUUUUGCAAAAUACCUUGAUGGUUUAUCUCACGGAGCACCUUUGCUAAAGCAGCUUUGUGACCACAUUUUAUUCAACCCAGCCAUCUGGAUACAUACACCUGCAAAGGUUCAGCUUUCCCUAUACACUUACUUGUCUGCUGAAUUUAUUGGGACUGCUACCAUUUACACCACCAUACGCAGAGUAGGAACAGUAUUACAGCUAAUGCACACAUUAAAAUACUACUACUGGGUCAUUAAUCCUGCUGACAGUAGUGGCAUUACACCUAAAGGAUUAGAUGGUCCCCGGCCAUCACAAAAAGAAAUUAUAUCCUUACGGGCAUUUAUGCUACUUUUUCUGAAACAGCUCAUACUAAAGGAUCGAGGGGUCAAGGAAGAUGAACUUCAGAGUAUAUUAAAUUACCUACUUACCAUGCAUGAGGAUGAAAAUAUUCAUGAUGUGUUACAGUUACUAGUGGCUUUAAUGUCAGAACAUCCAGCCUCAAUGAUUCCAGCAUUUGAUCAAAGAAAUGGAAUAAGAGUAAUCUACAAAUUAUUGGCCUCUAAAAGUGAAAGUAUUUGGGUUCAAGCUUUGAAGGUUCUGGGAUACUUUCUGAAGCAUUUAGGUCACAAGAGAAAAGUGGAAAUUAUGCAUACUCAUAGUCUUUUCACUCUUCUUGGAGAAAGGCUGAUGUUGCAUACAAACACUGUGACUGUUACCACAUACAACACACUUUAUGAGAUCUUGACAGAGCAAGUAUGUACUCAAGUUGUACACAAACCACAUCCGGAGCCAGAUUCUACAGUGAAAAUUCAGAAUCCAAUGAUUCUUAAGGUGGUGGCCACUUUGUUAAAAAACUCUACACCAAGUGCAGAACUGAUGGAAGUUCGUCGUUUAUUUUUAUCUGACAUGAUAAAACUUUUCAGUAAUAGCCGUGAAAAUAGAAGGUGUUUAUUGCAGUGUUCAGUGUGGCAGGAUUGGAUGUUUUCUCUUGGCUAUAUCAAUCCUAAAAAUUCUGAGGAACAGAAGAUUACCGAGAUGGUCUACAAUAUCUUCCGGAUUCUGUUGUAUCAUGCAAUAAAAUAUGAAUGGGGAGGAUGGAGAGUCUGGGUGGAUACGCUCUCAAUAGCCCAUUCCAAGGUGACUUAUGAAGCACAUAAAGAAUACCUGGCCAAAAUGUAUGAAGAAUAUCAGAGACAAGAGGAGGAAAACAUUAAAAAGGGGAAAAAAGGGAAUGUGAGCACCAUCUCUGGUCUUUCAUCACAGACAACAGGAGCAAAAGGUGGAAUGGAAAUUCGAGAGAUAGAAGAUCUUUCACAAAGCCAGAGCCCAGAAAGUGAGACCGAUUACCCUGUCAGCACUGAUACUAGAGACUUGCUCAUGUCAACAAAAGUGUCAGAUGACAUUCUCGGAAAUUCAGAUAGACCAGGAAGUGGUGUCCAUGUAGAAGUACAUGAUCUUUUGGUUGAUAUAAAAGCAGAGAAAGUAGAAGCAACAGAAGUAAAGCUUGAUGAUAUGGAUUUAUCACCGGAGACUUUAGUAGGUGGAGAGAAUGGUGCCCUUGUGGAGGUUGAGUCUUUACUGGAUAAUGUAUAUAGUGCUGCUGUUGAGAAACUCCAGAACAAUGUACAUGGAAGUGUUGGUAUCAUUAAAAAAAAUGAAGAAAAGGAUAAUGGUCCAUUGAUAACAUUAGCAGAUGAGAAAGAUGAACUUCCGAACAGUAGUACAUCAUUUCUCUUUGAAAAAAUACCUAAACAGGAGGAGAAACUUCUUCCUGAACUUUCUAGCAAUCACAUUAUUCCAAAUAUCCAGGACACACAAGUACAUCUUGGUGUUAGUGAUGAUCUUGGAUUGCUUGCUCACAUGACUGGGAAUGUAGAUUUAAGUUGUACAUCAAGUAUAAUAGAAGAAAAAGAGUUCAAAAUCCAUACAACUUCCGAUGGAAUGAGCAGUAUUUCUGAAAGAGACUUAGCGUCGUCCUCUAAAGGGUUAGAGUAUGCCGAAAUGACUGCUACAACUUUGGAAACCGAGUCAUCUGGUAGCAAAAUCGUACCAAAUAUUGAUGCAGGAAGUAUAAUUUCAGAUACUGAGAGAUCUGAUGAUGGCAAAGAAUCCGGAAAGGAAAUUCGAAAAAUCCAGACCACUGCUACAACGCAAGCUGUUCAGGGCCGGUCUAUUACACAACAAGACAGAGACCUCCGAGUUGACUUAGGGUUCCGAGGCAUGCCGAUGACGGAGGAGCAGCGGCGACAGUUCAGCCCAGGUCCACGCACUACAAUGUUUCGUAUUCCUGAGUUUAAAUGGUCUCCAAUGCACCAGCGACUUCUCACCGAUUUACUGUUUGCAUUAGAAACAGAUGUACAUGUUUGGAGGAGCCAUUCCACAAAGUCUGUGAUGGAUUUUGUCAAUAGCAAUGAAAAUAUUAUUUUUGUACAUAACACAAUUCACCUCAUUUCCCAAAUGGUAGACAACAUCAUCAUUGCUUGUGGAGGAAUUUUACCUUUGCUCUCUGCUGCCACAUCACCAACUGGUUCUAAGACGGAAUUGGAAAAUAUUGAAGUGACACAAGGCAUGUCAGCUGAGACAGCAGUAACCUUCCUCAGCCGAUUGAUGGCCAUGGUUGACGUACUGGUAUUUGCCAGCUCUCUAAAUUUUAGUGAGAUUGAAGCUGAAAAAAACAUGUCUUCUGGAGGCUUAAUGAGACAGUGCCUAAGGCUAGUUUGUUGUGUUGCUGUGAGGAACUGUCUAGAAUGUCGGCAGAGACAGAGAGACAGGGGCAGCAGAUCUUCCCAUGGCAGCAGUAAGCCUCAGGAGGCUCCCCAAGGGGUGACUGCCACGGCAGCCUCAAAGACUCCCUUGGAAAGUGUUCCGGGUAACCUUUCUCCUAUCAAGGACCCUGAUAGACUUCUUCAGGAUGUUGAUAUUAAUCGCCUUCGUGCAGUCGUCUUUCGGGAUGUGGAUGACAGCAAGCAAGCACAGUUCUUGGCUCUAGCUGUUGUUUACUUCAUCUCGGUUCUGAUGGUUUCCAAGUAUCGUGACAUACUAGAACCCCAGCGAGAGACCGCCAGAACCGGAAGCCAGCCAGGCAGAAACAUCAGACAAGAAAUAAAUUCGCCAACGAGCACAGUUGUGGUCAUACCAUCUAUCCCUCAUCCAAGUCUGAACCAUGGAUUCCUUGCCAAGUUAAUUCCUGAGCAGAGCUUUGCCCACUCAUUUUACAAAGAAACACCUGCUACAUUUCCAGACACUAUAAAGGAAAAAGAAACACCAACCCCUGGUGAAGAUAUUCAGCUAGAAAGUUCUAUUCCGCAUACAGAUUCGGGAAUUGGAGAGGAGCAGGUGGCUAGCAUCCUGAAUGGGGCAGAAUUAGAGGCCGGCCCAGGCCCGGAUGCCAUGUGUGAACUGUUAUCCACUUUGUCAUCCGAAGUGAAAAAAUCACAGGAGAGCUUGACUGAGAACCCCAGUGAACUGUUGAAACCUGCACCAUCCAUAUCUAGCAUUAGUCAAACCAAAGGCAUCAAUGUCAAGGAAAUACUGAAAAGUCUUGUGGCUGCCCCUGUUGAAAUUGCAGAAUGUGGCCCUGAACCCAUCCCGUACCCAGAUCCAGCAUUGAAGAGAGAAGCGCAAGCUAUUCUUCCUAUGCAGUUUCAUUCGUUUGACAGGAGCGUAGUGGUGCCUGUCAAGAAGCCGCCUCCGGGGAGUUUGGCUGUAACCACGGUGGGGGCCGCUGCUGCUGGAAGUGGGCUGCCCGCAGGAAGCACCUCCAAUAUAUUUGCUGCUACUGGAGCUACACCAAAAAGUAUGAUUAAUACAACAGGUGCCGUGGAUUCAGGGUCCUCCUCCUCUUCCUCCUCUUCUAGUUUUGUGAAUGGUGCUACCAGCAAAAACCUUCCAGCUGUGCAAACUGUCGCUCCGAUGCCGGAAGAUUCGGCUGAAAACAUGAGCAUCACUGCAAAACUUGAAAGAGCUUUAGAAAAAGUUGCUCCUCUUCUUCGUGAAAUUUUUGUAGACUUUGCCCCAUUCCUAUCUCGUACACUUCUUGGCAGUCAUGGACAAGAACUAUUGAUAGAAGGCCUCGUUUGUAUGAAGUCCAGCACAUCUGUGGUUGAACUUGUUAUGCUGCUUUGUUCUCAGGAAUGGCAAAAUUCUAUUCAGAAGAAUGCAGGACUUGCAUUUAUUGAACUCAUCAAUGAAGGAAGAUUACUGUGCCAUGCUAUGAAGGACCAUAUAGUGCGUGUCGCAAAUGAAGCUGAGUUUAUUUUGAACAGACAGAGAGCUGAGGAUGUGCAUAAGCAUGCAGAGUUUGAGUCACAGUGUGCCCAGUAUGCUGCGGACAGAAGAGAGGAAGAGAAGAUGUGUGACCACCUUAUAAGUGCCGCCAAACAUCGAGAUCACGUUACGGCAAACCAACUGAAGCAGAAGAUCUUGAAUAUUCUGACAAACAAGCAUGGUGCGUGGGGAGCAGUUUCUCAUAGCCAACUGCAUGAUUUCUGGCGUUUGGAUUACUGGGAAGAUGACCUUCGUCGAAGGAGACGAUUUGUUCGUAACGCAUUUGGCUCCACUCAUGCUGAAGCGCUGCUCAAAGCUGCAGUAGAGUAUGGCACGGAAGAAGAUGUGCUGAAGUCCAGGAAAGCCUUCAGAAGUCAAGCAAUAGUGAAUCAGAACGCGGAGACCGAACUUAUGCUGGAAGGAGAUGAUGAUGCAGUCAGCUUGCUGCAGGAGAAAGAAAUCGACAAUCUUGCAGGCCCGGUGGUUCUUAGUACCCCAGCCCAGCUCAUCGCUCCUGUGGUGGUGGCCAAGGGGACUCUCUCCAUCACCACGACAGAAAUCUACUUCGAGGUAGAUGAGGAUGAUCCUGCCUUCAAGAAGAUCGACACGAAAGAACCUUCCAUUCCCUGGGGAGCGGGGAGUGGGAACACGCCAGCAGCCCCUCCCCACUUUGCAGGCUUUGCGGGUGAAUGCACUGCUACCUUUUGGCAGUUGGAAGAGGAAGAUGAGAAGGCAAAUCAGAACCGGAGAACCCACGGCCAAGAAGGUGAAGAUGUGCCCUGGUCUCAGGGGAAAAGCCACCUCUGGCCCUCGCCCAGCGUAUGUCCCCUCUCUCCCGCUGCUCCGCACUCCCAAGCCGGCCUUCUGUCCUCUCUCUGUUCCGUAGGGGUUAUUUUCCCCCUGCGGGGGCGUUAUUUCAAGCCUAAUUCGGUGUCCUCGGGUUCCCCACGUCUGCUCCAGGCCACGGCCUCUGCCCGCGCAUCCCGCAGCCCCGCGCCGCCCGGCCCACGUGCGCUCGCAGCCGGCCGCGCUUCCUCGCCGCGCUGCCCUCCCUUGGGUUCAGACCAGAGUCGCUCGGUCAGGACCUCGUCGUGGAUUUGUUGGGCCACCUGCAAGUACCGUGGCUGCCGAGGACGUGCAGCCUGGGAACGCGGAGGCCCCGGGGCCGUUUGGGCGGCAGCACCGUGGCGCGGCGGUCCCGGCGGGUCUAAAGCGAAGGACGCGAGGGGCGCCCGGCUGGCCUCGCUGGAGCCAGGCGCGCAGGUGGCGCAUCUUCGGGGCUCACUACCCAAAAGUAGCCACCACAGCUUUCUGCAAUCCACUGCCACUCCAAUACCAGCUACAAUUCCAAUUUCAACUUCCAGAGAGAGGGAAUCUCACUGGCUAGUGUCUGCAGCAGGCGUUCACCCUGGUCUACAUCAGCUAUGGUAUGCAAUGCCAGAAGAAAGAAGGAGCAAGAAACCCAUGUUAGAGGAUGGUAGGAGGAUUCUCAAAUACGAACCAGCCAACAGUAGGUCAGACAGCGGGAGCAGGACGCUCCACACAGAGGGAAGGCGCGAGGCUGCAAGGAGGGACAAAGCACACAGGGGCUCUGAGAAGAGCCGAGCUCCAGUGGAACGUGUGACCCAGGGGCGGGAGUGGAACCUGGAGAUGGGAGCGGACACGGGCCCUGUGGCUCUCAGACGCCAGGGGCAGGGGGUCCCUGAGGACUGUCACAGCCCCAGCCUGGAGCAAAGAAAGGAGUGGUGGUGGGAGGACCGACUGAGAUUGUCUGAGUCUGGAUCCAGCUGGAGAGAAACACCACAUAGCAACUUCAACAGGGAAAGUAGAGCUGGUGAAACUGUUCAGGGGAGAGGUCCUCACCAGAAGCAACUCUACUGCAAUACUGCUGGGGGCAGGGAGAGGUACUGGAAAAAACUGCGAGUCACUGGGUCCUGGUGGCCAUCACACCCCGCAGGAGCCGGCCCUGGAGAAGCCCCAGUGACACUGGGUCCUCCUGCCUGCAGGGAAGUGUCCUUUCCCGGCAAAGCUUCAGCAUGCAUGCAGGUUAACAAAGCAAAAAUAAAGGGUACGGAUUCAUGGUCACUGAACAAGCAGUUAAGCCUGAAUUUGGAGCUGGAAGACAAUCAAGUGAUAGCUGGCAAAGUUGGUGAGACAGUCUUACAAAGAGCACUUACAAAGAGUCCGACUAACUCUUGUGUGUUUGUGAAUGACCUGCUUGCUGUAGAGGCUGUACUCCACGCACACUGUGGAGAGACCCGCCACACUGUAACACGACUGUACCGAUGUAUAAAGUUCAGCAGCAGCCAUUAUUAUAGGUUUAAAUCCAAUGCUUGUAAGCUGGCACCUGACCGCCUACCUGCAUGGCUCAUUAGCAUGGAGAGGAUAUCACUGGCCACUCCCCGACAGCUUUACAAAUCUUCCAACAUGACUCAGCGCUGGCAAAGAAGGGAAAUUUCCAAUUUCGAAUAUUUGAUGUUUCUUAAUACUAUAGCAGGGCGGACAUAUAAUGACCUGAACCAGUAUCCUGUGUUUCCAUGGGUAUUAACAAACUAUGAAUCAGAAGAAUUGGACUUGACUCUUCCAGGAAACUUCAGGGAUCUAUCUAAGCCAAUCGGUGCUUUGAACCCAAAGAGAGCUGUGUUUUAUGCAGAACGUUAUGAGACGUGGGAAGAUGAUCAAAGCCCUCCCUACCAUUAUAAUACACACUACUCAACAGCAACAUCUACCUUAUCCUGGCUCGUACGAAUUGAACCUUUCACAACCUUCUUCCUCAAUGCAAACGAUGGAAAAUUUGACCAUCCAGAUCGAACCUUCUCCUCGGUUGCAAGGUCGUGGAGAACCAGUCAGAGAGAUACUUCUGAUGUAAAGGAACUAAUUCCAGAGUUCUAUUACCUACCGGAAAUGUUUGUCAACAGUAAUGGAUACAAUCUCGGGGUCAGAGAAGAUGAAAUUGUGGUAAAUGAUGUUGGUCUCCCCCCUUGGGCCAAAAAACCUGAAGACUUUGUGCGGAUCAACAGGAUGGCCCUGGAAAGCGAAUUUGUUUCUUGCCAACUGCAUCAGUGGAUUGACCUCAUAUUUGGCUAUAAACAGCGAGGACCAGAAGCAGUCCGUGCUCUGAACGUGUUCCACUACUUAACCUAUGAAGGCUCCGUAAAUCUGGAUAGUAUCGCUGACCCUGUGCUCAGGGAGGCCAUGGAAGCACAGAUACAGAACUUUGGACAGACGCCAUCUCAGUUGCUUAUUGAGCCACAUCCACCUCGGAGCUCUGCCAUGCACCUGUGUUUCCUUCCACAGAGUCCACUCAUGUUUAAAGAUCAGAUGCAACAGGAUGUGAUCAUGGUGCUGAAGUUCCCAUCAAAUUCUCCGGUGACCCACGUGGCAGCCAACACGCUGCCCCACCUGACCAUCCCUGCGGUGGUGACCGUGACCUGCAGCAGACUGUUUGCAGUGAAUCGAUGGCACAACACAGUAGGCCUCAGAGGAGCUCCAGGAUACUCCUUGGAUCAAGCUCAUCAUCUUCCUAUUGAAAUGGAUCCCUUAAUUGCCAACAAUUCUGGUGUGAACAAACGGCAGAUCACGGAUCUGGUCGACCAGAGUAUACAGAUCAAUGCACAUUGCUUUGUGGUCACAGCGGAUAAUCGCUAUAUUCUUAUCUGUGGAUUCUGGGAUAAGAGUUUCAGAGUUUACUCUACAGAGACAGGGAAAUUAACUCAGAUUGUAUUUGGCCACUGGGACGUGGUCACGUGCCUGGCCAGGUCGGAGUCCUACAUUGGCGGGGACUGCUACAUUGUGUCUGGGUCUCGCGACGCUACCCUGCUUCUCUGGUACUGGAGUGGGCGACACCAUAUCAUAGGGGACAACCCAAAUAGCAGUGACUAUCCCGCCCCAAGAGCUGUCCUCACAGGCCAUGACCAUGAAGUUGUCUGUGUUUCUGUCUGUGCAGAACUUGGACUUGUUAUCAGUGGUGCUAAAGAGGGCCCUUGCCUUGUCCACACCAUCACUGGAGAUUUGUUGCGAGCCCUGGAAGGACCAGAAAACUGCUUGUUCCCGCGCUUGAUUUCCGUCUCUAGUGAAGGCCACUGUAUCAUAUACUAUGAACGAGGGCGAUUCAGCAAUUUCAGCAUUAAUGGGAAACUUUUGGCUCAGAUGGAGAUCAAUGAUUCAACACGGGCCAUUCUCCUGAGUAGCGAUGGCCAGAACCUGGUGACUGGAGGGGACAAUGGUGUGGUGGAGGUCUGGCAGGCCUGUGACUUCAAGCAGCUGUACAUUUACCCCGGAUGUGACGCUGGCAUUCGAGCAAUGGACUUAUCCCAUGACCAGAGGACUCUGAUCACUGGCAUGGCUUCUGGUAGCAUUGUAGCUUUUAAUAUAGAUUUUAACCGGUGGCAUUAUGAGCAUCAGAACAGAUACUGAAGACAAGUGAAGAACCAAAAGCCAAGGUAAAGCUGAGAGCACAAGUGCUGCAUGGAAAGGCAAUAUCUCUGGUGGAUAAAAACUCGUCUACAUCGACCUCCGUUUGUACAUCCCAUCACACCCAGCAAUAGCUGUACAUUGUAGUCAGCAGCCAUUUUACUUUGUGUGUUUUUUCACGACUGAACACCAGCUGCUACCAAGCAAGCUUAUAUCAUGUAAAUUAUAUGAAUUAGGAGAUGUUUUGGUAAUUAUUUCAUAUAUUGUUGUUUAUUGAGAAAAGGUAGUAGGACGUGUCACAAGAGACUUUUGACAAUUCUGAGGAACCUUGUGCCCAGUUGUUACAAAGUUUAAGCUUUGAACCUAACCUGCAUCCCAUUUCCAGCCUCUUUUCAAGCUGAGAAAAAAAAAAAAAACACGUUUGAUACUUUGUACAUCAGAUGCAUCUUAUUUAAAGGGAUACUUUUGUAAAAGUAAAACCUUGUAUAAAGAACAAAACGUUUCUUAAUUUUAUUGUGGAGUUACAACUUGCAUGUUCUUUAAUCCUGAUGUCUCGAUGGAACAAGUGCAUUCAGACUAUGACACAGAAAGAUCUGUCCAAGGACACAGCUUGUAUGAAAGGGUUGAAUUUGGGCUCAAUCAGUAAUUUUUGACAUUUUCACCAAAAUAUGGUUUGCACUUUUUAAUCGAAAUUCAUCCCUUCUAAGUGAAAUUUGCUCAUAAAGCAUUUGGAUACUAAGCCAUUAUUUGCCAUUUUUGCUACUUUAUACAAAGAAAAUUCAGCCCCGCCCUUCAUAAUUUGAAGACACAGCAGAAAGGGGGCUUAGGGAUGAGGUCUUGGUUUUUCUUGUAUAAAUAGGAGUCACGCCCAUUAGUUCCAUAGUAAUGACUUCCCAACUCCUGGACAUCUCUUCUGGACUCAUCCUGCUGGCUUAGCGUGUGUACAUUAGGGGAGGAGAAUCUGAUGCUAAUUAUUUUUGGAUUUGUUUUUUCUCUUUGGUUCUUGAAUAGCUUAGUUUCUUUAAUAACAAGCCAGACUUUAUUAUAACAAUAACUGAGGUUAUUCUUUUAGGUUCUUGUGAAAUUCUCACCUAAAGCCACAUUCUUAGCCUAAGGCACUUCAUCUUUUAUGAUAUAAAAUGAUGGGUAUCAAAUGAUUUUCCAUACAUUGUACUGAUCAAGUUAUACACCCAGGGGUAUAUACACUUUAUUCAUGUUUCUUCUUUGUAUAUUUGGUGACUGUAUCGUCAUAGAUGUACAUAUUGUGUCGGUAGGGCUAUGAGGCAUGUUACAGGAAUGUGAUUUUCUCAGAAUUUACACUCACUUGCAGUCAUUUAUUUAAAAAGAUAAAACAAGAUAAUGGGUUCUUUGUAUUGGCACUUUGCACCAGAAACAUAUCAUUAUUUAUUGAUGUGAUUACUUAUUUGUCAUCCACCUUGUAUUAGUAAGUUUUAGCACUGAAUUCCUUCUUCAUUGUUGUUUGUAUUUAUGAGAUUCUGAAAUUCUGGGGAAUCAACGUAAUGAUUAAGUUAUUCAUCACCAGGCUGUAAGCAAUAUCCUGAGUUUGUAGCUUAGAAUUGGGAGGAUACUGAACAUCUGGAAGACAAGUUCAUUUCAUCUUGAGAUCAUGGUGAAAUAUUUUGGAUAUAUAAAUUCCUUAAGCUAUUGUAACCAUGUUUUAUUGCAAAGAUGUAAAAUAUGCCAGAUGUGUGUGAGUUGGAAAUCAAAAAAAAGAAAAAUAAAAUAUGCAAAGAAUUCA